AUGACGGUAAAGUUUGAGGAGCAUCGCUUCGAGUCGAAGGACGCAGUGAAAUAUCUGGGUGUAUCGAUUGAUCCGAGAUUGCACUUUAAGGAGCAUGCUGAACGGACGGCGAAGAGAGCGUCGGAUACCUGUCGCCAGCUCCUUCCGAACCUAAGAGGUCCCAGGCAGCGGACAAGGAAGGUACUGGCCACUGUGAUUACCUCCCAGAUGUUAUACGGAGCGCCCUUUUGGUUUCCCUCCAUAACGGCCGAGGCAUUACACAAAAUGGAGGUGGUGUACCGCAGAGUCAUGCUGAGGGUCGCCUGUUGCUACCGCACGGUAUCGUACGACGCAGUGGCGGUCGUAUCCGGCAUGCAACCAUUUGCAUUGCUGGCCAAAGAGCGGCAGAAAAUCUACGGGGGCAUCCUGAAGAGCGUAGUCAGGGAACAGCUGACGAGCAGAUGGCAAACAGCUUUUGACAAUGCGGCAAAUGGCAGGUGGACGUACCGUCUCAUCAAAGAUCUCGCGCCCUGGCUGAGGAGGCAACACGGUGAAGUUUCCUUCCACCUCAGUCAAGUGCUGACCGGGCAUGGCUGUUUCGGUGAGUACCUCCAUCGGUUCGGGAAAACCGACAGCGACAGCUGUGCUCUGUGCGGGACGGCUCCAGACGAUACUGAACACGCAGUAUUCAACUGCGACGCUUUUCACAACUGGAGAACCGAAACGUGUGUAUACCUUGGCGUCGACCAGCUCUCGCCUGACAAUUUAGUAAACAACAUGCUGAGGUCUAGCGCGGACUGGCAGAGGGUGUCAUCGCUGAUCGAGAGGAUAAUGAGGACUAGGGAACAGGAGGAACGGGCAAGACAGCAGGCACCGGGCGGUGUGCAGUGA